UGAAGUAAAACCUGCCGAGCCCUCCCUCCCUCUCUCUCCCGUAUGUACAGAUAAAGUCAUCAGACACCUGCUCAGAUCAGAGAGUACCAUGGCGCAAGGGAUUCAACUUGAACGAGCAAAAUUCUGCUGCUCGAUCUGUCUGGAUCUCCUCAAUGAUCCGGUGACCAUUCCUUGUGGUCACAGCUACUGCAUGAGCUGCAUCAAGGACCACUUAGUUUGUGAGGAUCGUAAGGAGGUUUACAGCUGUCCUCACUGCAGACAGACCUUCAUACAGAGGCCUGUCCUGGUGAAAAACACCAUGUUAGCAUUUGUAGUGGAGGAGCUGAAGAAGACUGGACUCCAAGCUGCUCCUGCUGAUCACUGCUAUGCUGGACCUGAAGAUGUGGCUUGUGAUUUCUGCACUGGAAGAAAACUGAAAGCUGUCAAGUCCUGUUUGGUUUGUCUGGUCUCUUACUGUGAGAAACACCUGCAGCCUCAUUAUGAUAAACCUCAAUUAAAGAAACACAAGCUGGUGGACCCCUCCGAGAACCUCCAGGAGAACAUCUGCUCUCGUCAUGAUGAGGUGAUGAAGAUGUUCUGUCGUACUGAUCAGCAGUGUAUCUGUUAUCUCUGCUCCAAGGAUAAUCAUAAAGGUCACGACAAAGUCUCAGCUGCAGCAGAAAGGACUGAGAGGCAGAGAGAGCUCGUAUUCAUUCAGCAAAAAAUCAGGCAGAGAAUCCAGGACAGAGAGAAAGAUGUGAAGUUGUUUCAACAGGAGGAAGACGCUAUCAAUCACUCCGCCGACAAUGCACUGAGGAACACCGACAAGGUCUUCAGCGAGCUGAUCCGUAACAUUGAGAAAAGAGUCUCAGAUGUGAGGGAGAAGAUUAAAUCUCGGCAGAAAACUGAAGUGAAUCGGUACAAAAAGGUUCGGGAGAAGGUGCAGCAGGAGAUUGCUGAGCUGAAGAGGAAAGAUGCCGAACUGGAGAAGCUCUCACGCUCAGUGGAUCACACUCAUUUUCUAUUGAAUUAUCCCUCACUGUCACAUCUCAGUGAAAAUAAAGACCCACCCACCGUCAGAGUCCGCCGUCUGCGGUACUUUGAGAAGGUUACAGUGGCUUUGUCAGAGGCCAGAGAUAAACUACAGCAGGUGCUUGGUGAAGAAUAUGCAAAGAUCUCAAUGAUGGUAACUGAAGCUGAUAUUUUAAAGCCAAAUCCACAAGCAGAGCCCGAGACCAGAGCUGACUUCUUACAUUAUGCGUGCCAACUUACCCUGGAUCCAGACACUGCAAAUAGACAUCUGUCAAUAUCUAAGGGGAACAGAAAGGUAGCAUUCAUGAGAGAAGAACAGAAAUAUUCUCCUCAUCCAGACAGGUUUGAAUUUUCCUGGCAGGUCCUGAGUAAAGAGAGUCUGACCGGACGUUGUUACUGGGAGUUGGAGAGAAGUGGGAGAGGACUUUUAGUAGCAAUCACAUACAAGGACAUCAGCAGAGCAGGCAACUUCAGUGAAUGUGUCUUUGGACACAACGACAAGUCUUGGGCGUUGGAUUGUUACAAGAAUAGCUAUGAAUUCAGGCACAACAACAUAAAAACUCCCAUCCCAGGCACAUGGUCCUCCAGAGUAGGAGUGUACCUGGAUCACAGAGCAGGUAUUCUGUCCUUCUACAGCAUCUCUGAAACCAUGACUCUCCUCCGCCAAGUCAAGACCACAUUCACUCAGCCUCUCUAUGCAGGACUUUGGCUUUCAGAGGGAGCCACUGCUGAGAUUUGCCAGCUCAAAUAGACGUUGCUGUGUUACGGCAACGCAGCCACCAGAGAUCUCCAGGCAGUCAAACAAUUGUGACGAACUUACGAUAGUUACGAUGGUUAUUUUUUUGAACGAUGGGGGUGUCACCACUCAGUGUAUGAUAUUUUAUGAACUGCAUUUUUUUGGAUUAUAAAACUUUAUUCUCUGUGUUAACUAGUCACCACAACCACUCAAAGAGAGUGGAGGGAAAGGGGACAGUAUUUCAGAGUGAUACAAAUGUGUUAAGUUUCAUAUUAAAUCUAUUUUUCUUUGUUACCUUCUGCCUGUUUCAGGACAUGGGUCUGUUAUUUCUGAAUAUUUUUUUCAGACUAAAAUAGAACUGUAAAAUUCCUUGCAAUUAUCAGCUCCAUUAAAUAUUAAUUAAUUAUUCUUUUUCUUUCAGAGAAUUGUUUAUAUGUGUUGAUUUAUAUGCUUGAGUGUUGACAGAUUUUUGCAUGUUCAGCUGACUCUGGCACAAGCAGUAAAUUACAAUUAAUUUAAUUGGCACUGUUCCAGUUAAAGUUUGUUCCUAUUUUACUACCAAAUGACAGGAAACCGUUUGAAAUUGUUUGGAAAUUAUGGACCCAUGUGCCUUCUAUACUUUUGAGUCUUUAGAAUUUAUCUCUGUUUUCAUCUCCUUAUCUUAUUGUUUAAAUUAUGUCAUGCCACAUUCUGGUUUGCCAUCUUGAUUGGCAGUGCACAUUCACAAUCUGUGAAUCAGUGAUUUGGCACUCACACUUGUGACUCAUUAUUCUUACCUAACAGGGAAAAGAAAAAUAAACAUGAGGACCUGCUGCUUUCUUACGGUAAAUGUGUAAUGUGUGUCAUUACAAGAAUGUUGCUGCUUACGUUUUGCACCUUAUCCUGUCAAGCAAACAUAAUCCAGUGGUAAUAGAAAAGACUGAUGUGUAGAUGUUUAUCUGGGUUUUGUCCUCUACGUAUGUUUUGUUAGUGAUUUGACAUUAAUAAAUCUUCACAUGUGGCUCAGUCCUGCAGUAAAUCUUACUUCAUGAAGGUUAGAAUCUGUUGAAACUGUUGAUUCAACUGUGAGAUCAUUUUGGAGGCUGCAGUUUGAGGUGCUGCUGAGCUGUAUCAAAUUAUACAGAGCUGUUUCUGUUGUUUAGCCUACCUUCACUUUUAUAAAUGAUGUGAAAAACACUUCAAUUAUAAGCAGGCAACAUAAAAUAUCCACAGGUGGUGAUACAGGAGUAUUUUCAUCAGUAUUUGAGGAAUGAAAAGGUGGUUUCAGAAAGUUGCUGUGUUCAUCUGUCCCUCUACACAGAUUUUUAUGGAGGGGUAAAACAUAAUUAUGACUGCAUCUUACUUGGCAGCAAUUUCCAUUAUAUUUUCCAUUAUGUUUUCAGCUCCAAACUCAGCUAUCACUACUCUGAUGUUUUGAUGACCACAACAGAAAGCUGUGGUCCAAUCAUUUUUGCCUUGUUUGAUUUGAUUCAUGCCUUUUAUCUGCCAGUUUUGUUUUAUUUACCCAAAGCUGGUGUAUGGCUAUACUUGAUCUGACAUAUUGGCUCAUUUUGCAAACUGAAAAGCAAGAUUCACAUUCUUCAGUAAGAUAUUGAUAAAAGAAUUGUUUUCGUACAGAUGUUAUAUUGAUACUGGCGUUGAAGGAUUUCCAAAUGACCCUCAGUCUUUUGUAGGCAUGACAAUGCAGACUAUCAAGUGGCCAAACCUGUCUAAUGAAUGAGUCAGUUGCCUUGAGAUCAACCACUCUCUUACACUGUUCAGCGUUUAUGUACUUUGCCUCUGAGAACACUGCUACACAGCUCAUCUCUUAUUCAGAACAAGCUGUGAGCCAUGUAGUGUGAGCUUUUUUUUUUAAUGAUUAAUUCAGGCUUUUGUUAGCUUUUCUUCAUUGUCUUUGAUCUGCAAACUCACUACAAACCUUAAAUUAUUACACAGACAUCAGCCUAGAGUCUGUAAAGUGGAAAUAUAAUUUUGUGUUUCAUGUUUCCAAGAUUUUUACACCACUGGGAAAACUUUUAAGAAUUGGAAGUUUGCUCUGCUGUACAUUUGCUGUUGGUAUCUAUACAUUGAAAUUUAUUAACAUCUUUGUAACGAUGAAUGUUUUAUGAAGCACUGAUUAUGUGAAUAAGAGCACAUGCUAUUAUAUCCUGUUGUGUAUCUUACAUCAUGUCUAGUCCAAUAAUGUAUCCUGUUGUUCUAAAAUUGUACUGUUAUUGUAUUAUUUGUCAUCAUAUUUGUUAUUAGAAUA